CAUUAAGGUGACAGGUGUCAGUUUUUUUCCUUUUUUUGUGUCAUACGAUUUUUGCUAAUCGUGUUGUUGAGUUGCCGGAUUUUUUCAAAUUUCAAAAAAGAAAAUGUUCUCCAGAUUCGUAAGACCCACUUUAAUUUCGGCCAGGAGCUUUUCCACGUCAAAACAGAAUAACUACAAAGUAGCAGUAUGCGGUGCUUCCGGCGGUAUUGGUCAACCUCUUUCACUUCUCUUAAAAACCAAUCCUCUUGUCUCUGAGUUGGUUUUGUAUGAUAUUAUCCACACUCCCGGAGUAGCUGCUGAUUUGUCUCACAUUGAGACAAACGCCAAAGUUAAGGGAUUCAAUGGUAAAGACCAACUGCUGGAUUGCCUUAGAAAUGCUGAUGUUAUCAUUAUUCCUGCUGGCGUUCCAAGGAAACCUGGUAUGACCAGAGAUGAUCUCUUUAACACCAAUGCUGGCAUCGUCAGAGAUCUCGCUCAGGCGGCUGCUGAAGUUGCUCCAAAAGCCUUAAUCGGUAUUAUUACCAAUCCGGUUAACUCAACUGUACCAAUUGCGUGCGAAGUACUGAAAGCUGCAGGUAAAUUCGACCCCAAAAGAGUUUUUGGAAUAACCACCUUGGAUAUUGUAAGAGCCAACACUUUCAUUGCCGAAGCCAAAGGGCUGAACCCCAAAGAUGUGAAUGUUCCAGUGAUUGGCGGACAUUCUGGUGUUACCAUUAUUCCUUUGAUUUCUAGAUCUACUCCUUCAGUGAGCUUCCCCGAAGAACAACUUAAAGCAUUGACCACCAGAAUACAGGAAGCUGGCACAGAGGUAGUAAAAGCAAAGGCGGGUGCAGGAUCCGCAACCCUUUCCAUGGCUUAUGCCGGAGCCCGUUUCGCUAACUCCCUCCUCAGAGGUCUCAAGGGAGAAUCUAAUGUCAUCGAGCCCGCUUAUGUCGUAUCCGAUGUUUCUGAAACCGAAUACUUCUCGACUCCUUUGCUGUUGGGCAAAAAUGGUCUUGAAAAGAAUCUAGGCUUAGGAAAAUUAAGCGACUUCGAACAAGAACUUCUUAAAGCCGCUAUCCCAGAAUUGAAGAAGAAUAUCCAAACUGGAGUCGAUUUCGUCAAAAAGUUCGCUUCGGCCGAUGGUAAACGAGCAUUUACUGCGGGAAUUGCGCCGUGAAAUUUUGAUUAUUUAUAUUGUGGUAUUUUAUUUAAUUUGGACAGUGUUAAUUUUAUUAUUUUGCCAUAUUACUAUUGUAUUAACUUGAACAAUAAAUUCUUUAAACUUUU